UCGUCAGCGCUAACCUCGCCUAGCUUGACGUCAUUGUUUCAGCUACCCACAACAGCGGCUCUGGGGUCGUCGGUAGUGUCAUUUUAAACCCCUAACCCGGGUCUGUUAACCCGGGUCUGUUAACCCGGUUGAUCCCUUUGAUGGGAAUUCCCUCCAGGAUGAUUCCCACCGAGGACGCGUCCGCCAGGAAGCGGGAGAUUGAGGAGAAACUGAAGCAGGAGCAGGAGACGCUGUCAUUCAUCAGAGAGAACCUGGAGAAGAGUGAUCAGCUGACCAAGGGCAUGGUCUCCAUCCUGUCUUCGUUCGAGAGCCGCCUGAUGCAGCUGGAGAACUCCAUCAUCCCGGUCCACAAGCAGACGGAGAACCUGCAGCGUCUGCAGGAGAACGUGGACAAGACUCUGUCCUGCAUGGAUCACGUCAUCAGUUACUACCACGUGGCCAAAGACACGGACAGGAUCAUCCGAGAGGGGCCGACGGGAAGGUUGGAUGAGUAUCUCGCUUGUAUCGCAAAGAUCCAGAAAGCUGUGGAGUACUUUCAGGAUAACAACCCCGACAGCCCCGAACUCAACACAGUGAAAGCGCGCUUCGAGAAAGGCAAAGAGCUGCUGGAGGCCGAGUUCCGCAGCCUGCUGACCCGCUACAGUAAGCCCGUUCCCCCGAUCCUCAUCCUGGACGCCAUCAGCGUGGACGAGGAGCUGGAGGUCCAGGAGGACGUGGUGCUGGAACACCUGCCCGAGGCCGUGCUCCAGGACAUCAUCUGCAUCGCCGGCUGGCUGGUGGAGUACGGACGCAACCAGGAUUUCAUGAACGUCUACUUCCAGAUCCGGUCCAACCAGCUGGAUCGCUCCAUCAAAGGCCUGAAGGAUCACUUCCGCAAGAACAGCGCCUCCUCCGGGAUCCUCUACUCGCCCGCCGUCCAAACCAAACGCAAGGACACGCCGACCAAAAAGGCUCCGAAGAGACCAGUCUACAUCCCAGGGACCAUUCGCAAGGCUCAGAACCUUCUGAAACAGUACUCACAGCAUGGGCUGGAUGGGAAAAAGGGGGGCUCUAACCUCACUCCUUUGGAAGGUUACGAUCACGACCUGCGGGUCAAACACCACUCUGACGCCCUGACUGAGAAGCACGGGGCCGCCGCAGGGAAGGACGACGUUCUGGACAUCGAGAUCGACUCCUACAUCCACUGUAUCAGUGCCUUCGUGAAGCUGGCCCACAGCGAGUACAGCCUGCUGGCAGAAAUCAUCCCCGAGCACCACCAGAAGAAGACCUUCGACUCCCUCAUUCAGGAGGCGCUCGACAACCUGAUGCUGGAGGGAGACAACAUCGUGUCCGCAGCCCGCAGAGCUAUAAUGCGCCACGACUACUCGGCCGUCCUCACCAUCUUCCCCAUCCUCAGACACCUGAAGAUCAACAAGUCUGACUUUGACACGACGCUGCAGGGAACAGCAGCCAGCACCAAGAACAAGCUGCCGACGCUCAUCACCUCCAUGGAGACGAUUGGAGCCAAAGCGCUGGAGGAGUUCGCAGACAGCAUCAAGAAUGAUCCCGAUAAAGAGUACAACAUGCCCAAGGAUGGAACAGUGCACGAACUCACCAGCAACGCCAUCCUGUUCCUGCAGCAGCUGCUGGACUUCCACGAGACAGCCGGAGCCAUGCUGGCCUCGCAAGUACUGGGGGACACUUACAAUAUUCCUUUAGACCCCCGAGAGACGAGUUCAGCGAGCAGCUACACCUCCGACUUCAACAAAAAGCUCCUGAGCACUUAUAUAUGUAAAGUGCUCGGCAACCUACAGCUGAACCUGCUCAGCAAAUCCAAAGUGUACGAGGAUUCGGCUCUCAGCGCCAUCUUCCUGCACAACAACUACAACUACAUCCUCAAGUCGCUGGAGAAGUCUGAGCUGAUCCAGCUGGUCACUGUGACUCAGAAGAAGGCUGAGAGUUCCUACAGGGAGCUGAUCGAGCAGCAGAUCUGGAUGUACAAGAGCAGCUGGUUGAAAGUCACGGAGCACCUGACGGACAGGAACAUGCCCGUCUUCCAGCCCGGCACCAAGCUGAAAGAUAAAGAGCGACAAGUGAUUAAAGACAAGUUCAAGGGUUUUAACGACGGUCUGGAGGAGCUGUGUAAGAUCCAGAAGGGUUGGGCCAUCCCGGACAAAGAGCAGCGAGACUCCAUCCGUCAGUCUCAGAAGAAAGUGGUGUCUGAUGCUUACAGGGCCUUCCUGCACAGAUGCGCCAACAUCUCCUUCACCAAGAACCCCGAGAAGUAUCACAAGUAUCGACCGGAGGAGGUGGAGGAGAUGAUUGAAAGGCUGUUCGACACGUCCGCCUGAGCUUCGCUUUGAUCAGCUCCGGCUCCUGUUCCCCCGCGCCUCACCCCGAGCUCAACACGAGCUCCUCUAACAACACUCGAGCCUCUCCUCACACUACCGCCACCCUCCUCCUCCUCCUCCUCCUCGUCUGAUGAAUGUUUUGUACAAAGAUAUGAACAUGAUGUAUUUAUGUAAUUUAGCCGUUCCAGCUUAGCAUUUCAAAACCAUAAUAAAGGGAACUCUGUGAA